GCUCACCGCCACGCAUCAAGUGAAAACGUGCGGUACCCUUUGAUAUAUCACAUAGUCAUUUUUUUGUUUUUUGUGUGUGUGGAGCGCUGACGUGAGCUCCGCAUGCCGGCAGUGUAAUGCCAAAGAUGCGUUUCCUUCCGACACGCGAGGCACGGAUCAAUCAAGCACGCACGCCUCUUCCUUGCAACCCGAACGGGUCGCAGACACGCGAACGUGGCCGGUGAUCCCGCUUGCCUGACACAGGCCCUGCCGAACAGCAGGGCCGGAUCGGCGUUCAGGCCGUCAUCGGUGCCAUGACGAUCGCGUACCAGGCGGACGUGUCUACGAGUACACUUCUUGGCUUCUGGAAGCUGGUCGCCCGCUGGCGCGGCUCUGUCUACAAGCUUAUCUACAAGGAGAUGCUGGUUUACGGGGCCGCGUUUACCGCCAUCGCCAUCUGGUACCGGCGCUUCAUGACGGCCGAGCAACGGCAGCUCUUCGAGCAGCUCGCGCUGUACAGCGACCGGGCGCUCGAGCACAUACCGCUCUCGUUUGUGCUCGGCUUUUACGUUUCGUUCGUGGCAGGCCGCUGGUGGGACCAGUUCACCAGCAUCCCCUGGCCGGACAGGCUGGCGCACGUCGUUCUCGCAUACGUCAGUGGUGGCGACGAGCAGGGGCGCCUGCUGCGACGCACCAUGAUGCGUUACGCCAACCUAGGUCUGGUGCUCGUGCUGAAGUCGGUGAGCGGUUCGGUGAAGAAGCGCUUCCCGAGUAUGCGGCACCUAGUAGAAGCGGGCUUCAUGACGGCCGAGGAACGGUCCCUGUACGAGGCAACGCCUAGCCGCACUAAUCGUCACUGGCUGCCUUCGAUGUGGUUUGUCAAUCUGGCCAACGUGGCCGUACAGCAAGGACGACUUCAGUCCGGACCGCCGGUCAAGCAUCUACUCGAAGAGCUCAACCAUUUCCGCGCAAAGUGUUCGCUCCUAUGGUGCUACGACUGGGUCACCGUACCGCUCGUCUACACACAGGUGGUGACGCUCACAACGCACUUGUUCUUUGUGACGUGCCUAGUGGCGCGCCAGAGCUUGGACCCGGAGAAAGGUUAUCCAGGCCACCAGUUGGACGUCUACUUUCCCUUCUUCACCUUCCUGCAGUUCAUCUUCUUUAUGGGAUGGCUCAAGGUCGCAGAGCAGCUGAUAAACCCGUUCGGCGAGGACGACGACGACUUCGAGACCAACUGGCUCAUCGAUCGACACACGCAGGUCUCGUACAUGGCGGUGGACGAGAUGUACGGAAAGUUCCCUCCCAUGGAGCGGGACCUACACUGGGACAGCCAGGAACCCGACCUGCCCUACACCGCAGCUGCCAUCGUGCACAAGAUACCCACCUACCGCGGCUCGGCUGUUAACAUCGGGUGACGAGCGAACUUGACCGCGGUGCGGCUCACCUUUGGGUCAUCUGUCCCGUGCUACACUAUCUAUGCCUUCCCUGAAGUGCUGUCUUCGUUCUACAUUCUACCGUGUGGCGCGCAUGCUUCGAAUGUUCUCAAUGAACUUAGCUACUCAUGCACACAAGUAUGGAAAAGGCAGUGGUGCUCGCCGCCAGUGCAACCAUAUUAUUCGCAGUCUCCGCUCCUGCGUCCUGAGUCAUGGUUGUAGCUGUCAUCAGCUCAUGGUCGUCCUUAUCAUAAAUGCCUGAUUCAUCGUGUGUGUGAGGAGCGCCGUGAUCGAGCGGCGGUCAUGCAUUGCUGUGCCAAUUGUCCGGUGCGCCGCGAAAGCUGGUUUCACUGCUUUUGGUGGCGAAACGAAUUUGGUGUCGGUAGUGUCGUCGAUAAAUGCACGCGCCUGCAAGUUGUCCCCAUUCACGCAAUGGCUGACCAUCACCUAGUGGCUGUGCGUGAAAUUACAGUGCCGUUAUUAUUCGUGUGUGCGCAGUGUGCUCGAUCUAGUGUGUGUAAAUUUUGUCGGCGCGAGCCGCUCACGGUAAAACUUAGGUGCACCAUUUUGCCGCCCAUCUGCUGACAUUCCUUGGUGGCACCUGUAUGCUGUCCUUUGAGUGCGUAUGGCCGCGUGAACACUAAGUUUCCAUCUGUUAAUCUUAAGAGACGACAGUUGGCAAAAAAAAAAAAAGACUGGGCUGAUCGUUGUGUACCUUGUGCGUCGCACUUCGUGGUUGUCCUGGCGCACAGCGCGAAGGCCAGCAUUUGUUUUAUUCUCUGUAUGUGCCUGUUACCAGUCUUCAGCGCUCCGUGUUUUAUAAUUAAAGGCGUUCCCUCUUUUAA